UAUGCACAUUUAUAAAUGUCUUUCCGUAACAAUUAGGCACAUUAUCAUGGCAGGUGUCCAUUAUGAUAUAUUGAUAGAGGAUGAGCGCAGAAAUCUAACACAAGUAGCGUUACUUAUUCUUGAUCUCACACCAAAAGCGAUGAGACGACUGGCAACAUUAGUCCAUACUUCUUGGACCCCAAGAGCCAUUCGAUGUCACUAUUUACGAUGCACAGAUAAAAUGAAUGAACAAUUAAAGCUAACCAAAAAUGAGAAGGAAAUGUAUAUGAACCCAGGAGAUGGAUUUAUCAAUUGUGACACAAGUUUUCUUUAUAAAAUCAUUCGUAACUACGAUUUAGUUAUCCGUCCAACACACAAAUGGGGUGCAAAAGUGAGAGUAAUAAGUAACUCUGGAGAUAUUGUCGAGACACUAAGAGAACUUAGAAAUUGUGUUGUGCAUAGACCACACGUCAGCUUUCGAGAACAUGAAUUGCAUAAUUUAUAUGUAGACAUGCGAAGUAUUAUAGAAAAAAUGACUAGAUUUACCGAAAACAAUGAUCUUCAAAUCCAUAUAGACAACUACCUGCCUAACGCGUAUUAAAACCCUCCGCUUUAGAACAGAUAAUGUAACAAAAAUUAGUGCAUACCCCUGUGUAUCGAGGUUGUAACUGAAUUAACUAAUUAUACAUUUGAAUGUUAAAAAUAACACUAU